CCACAUGAGUUUUUCUUCCGGGUUGUGAUCAUGGCGUGCUGCUGAACAACAUGUGAGUUUUCGUAUCCUGAAGCCGGAGAUUGAAUACAUCUGAAACAGCAUCAAACAUCUGAAACAGCAUCAAACAUGGCAUCAUUGGAGGAGGACUUCCCCCGAGGGGGGACGGCAAAGAAGCCCACUGAGAGUAAAAUAGUGGUGCAGCGGACAGAGGUGGACAACUUGUUCCAGUCAAAUGAACAAGCAGAAACCAAGAAAAGAAAGGGGGCGGGCAAGGAUGACGGCAAGAAGCUCAAAAAGUCAAAGACGGCCAAAGAAAAAGGAGACGGAUUGACGCUGAAUGCAGCUGUCAAAUGUGUGGAGAUUCUACAUAUCAAGAACGUGAAGGAGGGUAUGCUGAUGCUGGGUUGUGUGAAGGAGGUAACAGACUUUGAGGUGUCAGUCAGCCUGCCGUGUGGCCUGCAAGGCUUUCUCAGCAUCAAGAACAUCUGUGACUCGUAUGCCAAGCUGCUCAGCGAGCAACUGGAUUCAGCUGAUACAGAGGAAAUCUUCUCUCUGCCACACCUCUUCUACCCUGGCAUGGUGUUGAGGUGUGUGGUUGCCAAGUUGGAUGUAACCAAAGGAGGCUCUCUCAGCAUCCAGCUGUCAGUCAAUCCAAAGCUGGUCAACAAAGCUCUCACCUCAAGCUCUCUGAAAGCUGGCAUGGUCUUGAGUGGGUGUGUGGAGAGUGUGGAGGACCAUGGCUACAUAGUCGACAUUGGCAUUAGUGGAACCAAAGCCUUCCUGCCCAAGGAAGCGGCAAAAGACAAACCUAACAACCCGGAAGAGCUGAAAGUCGGUCAGUAUUUGACCUCUCAGGUGGAAGAAGUAAAGAAUGAUGGGCGCGUGGUCCGCCUUUCUGUCAGCCCCCCGACUGUCGCACAGGGCUAUGCUGAAACUGAGCAGGGCUGGAACCUCACUAACCUUCUGCCUGGUCUUCUGGUCAAAGCUAAGAUCAAAAAGGUGACCAAACAUGGUCUGUUCCUGGACUUCCUGUCCUCCUUCAGUGGCCAGGUGGACUUUCUCCACAUGGAGCCAGAACAGGCUUCCAGCUACACAGAGGGAACCGAGGUGCGAGCCUGUGUGCUCUAUGUGGAGCCGUCCACCCGUCUGGUGGCCCUGAGCCUGCGCAGCUACCUCGCUCAGCCCGGAAGCAGAGUUGACCCCUCUCCUCCUGGAGAUGACCGCAUUGGUGAGGUGGUGAAGGACUGCAAGAUGACCGCAAUGCACCACAUGUCUGGAGCCAUGUUGGAAAUGCCAGACAAAAUGACGGCCUUUGUACAUAGGAACCACCUGAAGGAGCCUAAGGAGCCAGCUAAUGAAAACAGAGUGUUUGCCAUGCCUGAGCACACCUGCAGGAUACUGGACUUCAGUCCCAUGGACCAAAUUUAUUUUGUUAGUCUGCGCAAGAGUAUUAUUGAGAAGCCUUUUUAUAGGUACCACGAUCUUCAUGCCGGUCAGAUUGUAGAGGGGACAGUGUCCGUCCUGCUGAGUCAUGGUAUGGUGGUACAUCUGUCUGACCACAUUAAAGGCUUGGUGCCCCGGACCCACCUGUCUGAUAUCCUCCUUAAGAACCCAGAGAAGAAGUACGUGGAGGGCAUGAAGAUCAAAUGUCGGGUGCUGUCAGUAGAUGCGGAGAACAAGAAGUUGUACCUGACCAGAAAGAAGGCCCUGGUUGAGAGCUCCCUGCCAUUGUUCCUCAGCUACACCGAUGCCCGUCCUGGCCGCGUGUCCCACGGCUACAUCGUCUGCAUCAAAGACUUUGGCUGCAUCGUUCGCUUCUACAACAGCGUAAAGGGUCUGGUGCCCCUCAGCGAGCUCAGUUCGGAGCCCGUCAUCAGCCCUGAGGAGGUUUUCUAUGUGGGGCAGGUGUUAAAGGCUAAGGUUCUUCACUGUGACCCCGAUAAGGCGAAGAUGGUGCUGUCAUUUAAGUCCGCAGUGGAGAGAGACACUGAGGAAGCCGCCAAGCCCCAGUUUGUCUGUGAGGUGGGGAAGAGGCUGGAGGCCAAAGUGCUGAAAAAGUCACUCAACGGCCUGGAGGUGGCCAUCCUCCCUGAUGAGAUCCGUGCUGUGCUACCCACGAUGCACCUUUCAGAUCACAUGUCCAACUGCCCUUUGCUGUGGGAGAGCCUGCAGGAGGGAGACAACAUCUCAAACCUCAUCUGCUUCAGCCAGAACAAACAAAAUAUUACUCUCACCAAGAAACCAAUAGUGAGGUGGUCACUGGAGGAAGGAGUGGUUGCCAAGGACUUUUCCGAAAUCACAGUUGGAAUGCAGCUGAUUGGCUGGAUCAAGAACAUCAUGUCCUACGGCGUCUUUGUAGAGUUCCCAUACGGUCUUGUUGGUCUCGCACCCAAGUCGGCCAUGACCGACAAGUUCGUCAGCGAUACGGCAGCUGCCUUCCAGCUAGGCCAGACGGUGAUUGCCAAAGUGACCAACCUGGAUGAGGAAAAGCGGCGUUUCCUGAUCACACUGAAGAUCUCAGAGGUCGUAACUCCGGACAGCAAUGCUCAGACCACACUCAUUAGUGGUCUGCAGGAGAGAAGGGCUGUGAAUGAAAUGUUAGCUAUGAGAGAUAACAGUGACCUCCGCCAGCAGCUGUCUGCUCUGUCUGUGGGUCAGAAGCUGAAGCUGACUGUAGAUGCUGCGAAGGACAGCGGUGCCACCUUUAAGUCUGAUGAUCUGGCCGGAGCUACCAUACUGGCCACCAAGCACCAUGUCAUGGGUGUUAACUUGACCCCAGGACAAAAGGUUACUGCAGUCAUCCUCCAUGUUGAUAUCCUGUCAACCUGUGUCCAUGUGUCCAUCCUUUCCAAGCUGGUUGCGAAGAAGAAAUCUUUAACUGAAGGAUCAAAGUACACAGCAAUGGUGCAGCACGUUGACAAAGACUUCGCUGUCAUCUCACUGGACGAUACGGCACAGCUGACUGUGAUCCAAACUAACAGCCACCUGAACGAGGUAUUUCUGUCUGAGUCAGAGAGGCUGAAGGCGGGGAUGUGUUUGGCUGCUGAGGUUAUAGAACCCAGCUGUCAAGAGGUGCAGGGGCUCCCUCUAGUGUCGUGGCAGCGCUGCGCACCAAAACGAGCGCGCACAACCUCAGAAAACCAGACGGCCUCCAAGGGCCACCGCUUUGGCGAUAUCGUGCAGGGUAAAGUGCGGACAGUGAAGCCGACCUGCAUUCAGGUCAUACUCGAGGAUGGCAGUGUGGGCAGCGUGCACGUGUCUGAGGUGGUGGAGGUCGCUGAAGUGUGUCAGGGAUUCUUCCCCACAUCCUCCGUUAAAGUGGGCAGCAUGGUCACUGCCAGGGUUAUCGGAGGACGCGAAGCAUCCAGUCACAGAUUCUUGCCCUUCUCCCAUCCCAAAUUUACGUACACCAUUCCCGAGCUCACACUUAUACCCAGCAAAUUGGAUAAGAGUGCAGAUUUCAAAGCAGUGACGACAAAAGAAAAACUCAACAGCUAUAAGGUCGGGGAAGAACUGACGUGCUUUGUAUCAAAGUUUCAUCCAGAGAAGAAGUCAUUGGAGGUUACCACUGAUCCUUGUCUAACUGGGACAGUUGAACUGCUGGCUAUGAUCACUGAUCCAAAAGAUGCCGGCCACCCAGAGAAACUGUUCAAGCUGGGCCAGGCAGUCCGUACCAGAGUGGUAGAAGUCAACUCCAAACCUCACCGCUUUGUGCUGUCACUCACAGGUGUCCAUAAACUGGAGACAGGCAGUGUUACUUUGGGGAUGGUGACUAAUAUUCUGCCACAAGUUGGCCUCAUAGUCAAACUUCCCUUCGGGGGCACAGGGACUGUUGCUGUCACUGACCUGGCUGAUGCCUACAGGCCAAAACCCCUGGAUGGGUUCAGCAAGGAUCAGCUGCUCAGGUGUUUCCUUCUUGGGAAUGAAAAUGGCAAGUGGCAGUUGUCUCUACGUCCAUCAAGGCUGAACCCACAGCAGGUUAAGCCAGUGAAGGACCCCGAAGUUUUAUCUGUGGAAAAUCUGAAGGCAGGCCAGAUCACCAGAGGCUACGUCAAGUCUGUGGGAGAGCAGGGGGUCUUCAUCAGGUUGUCAAGGAGCAUCACAGGAAGAGCCCAACUUCAGCAGUCCACCAAAUACUUUGUCAGCAACCACAAGGUCCUCUCGGAGCAUCUGCCUCCCAACACCCUGCUCACUACCAAGAUCCUCAGUAUUAACAAAGAGGAGGAGUUGGUCAACCUUUCUCUGCUCCCAGUGGACACUGGGAAGCCGGAUGUACUUCCAGAAUCUCUCAGUCUGCCGUUGCGUCUUAUCGGAGAUGAGAAGAAGAAACACGAUAUUCAGAAGAAGAAACGUACAUUGUCUGAGAGCGAACCGAAACAAGCAGAGUCCCAGGUCCCAAAGAAGAAGAAGAAAACAAAAAAAGCAAAGACUGAUGGCAAUGACAGCGGCGUGGAGGUGUACUUCAGAGAAGAGGAGGAUCAGAAAGACGAAGAAGAACCCAAAUCCAAUUCGGUAAAACAGGCGACGCACAGCUCAGGAGGUCCAUCCAGACUGCAGGUGGCAGCAGGUUUCUCCUGGGAUGUAGGACUGAGCUCCCUGAAGCCUGCCUCUGCAGCGCAGGACGGGGACUCCAGUGAUGGAGAGGACCAAGAAGGAAGCAGCAAGCCGAAGCAGAAGAAGUCUCGUCAUGAGCUUGAGCAAGAAAAAAAAGCAGCAGAGAAGGCCCUGGUACAGCGGGAGGCUCAGCUGAUGGAUCCGAGCCUGCAGCCCCAGGAUGCAGCCGCCUUCGAGCGCCUGCUCCUUGCUUCACCCAACAGCUCCCUGCUUUGGCUCCAGUACAUGGCUCACCAUCUACAGGCUACCCAGAUCGAGCAGGCCCGUGCUGUGGCCGAGAGGGCCCUCAAAACCAUCUCCUUCAGGGAAGAGCAGGAGAAACUGAAUGUGUGGGUGGCCCUGCUGAACCUCGAGAACAUGUACGGCACAGAGGAGAGCCUAAAGAAGGUGUUUGAGCGGGCCCUGCAGUUCUGCGAGCCCAUGCCUGUGUACCAGCAGCUGGCUGACAUCUAUGCAAAGUCCGACAAGACCAAGGAGGCAGAGAGCCUGUACAAGACAAUGGUGAAGCGUUUCCGUCAGAAUAAGGCAGUGUGGCUGAGCUACGGCACAUUCCUGCUACAGCAGGGUCAGAGUGACGCUGCCAGUGCUCUCCUGCAGAGGGCGCUGAAGAGUCUGCCCUCCAAAGAAAGUGUGGAUGUGAUCGCCAAGUUUGCUCAGCUGGAGUUCCGUUAUGGUGAUGCAGAGAAAGGUCGCGCCAUGUUUGACAAAGUACUGACGAGCUACCCGAAACGUACAGACCUCUGGUCCGUUUUCAUUGACCUCAUGGUCAAACAUGGAUCACAGAAGGACGUCAGGGCGCUCUUUGAUCGCGUGAUCCACCUGAGUGUUUCAGUGAAAAAGAUCAAGUUCUUCUUCAAGCGCUACUUGGAGUACGAGAAGAAACACGGCACCCCGCAGAGCAUCCAGGCAGUCAAAGAGAAGGCCAUGGAAUUUGUGGAAGCUAAAGGCACAGAGGCUGCCAACUAAUGACCUAAUACACACAAUAAUACACACAUGGUGUAUGUGCGUGGACUGCAGUUGGCUAAACUAGGCCUGAGCCUCACACCCGUUUGGAAACAAGCUUGUGGCGCUGAAUGCUCGUACAGAUUCCUCCUCAAAAUAAUCAACUUCUUAGGUUGUAAUAUGGCUUUUUGUAUUGUCGUGGACUGAGGGACUUUUGAACCUGACAGUCUGCGUUUGAUGCUGUAAUGUUGCAGAACACAACAUUUGUAAAGUGAGUUAUAAUCAUCUAUAAAUGUUAAAGACAUGCUGGUAUUUAACAUUUCACCUUCAUUUUAGUCAAUUUUGUAUGAGAACUAGUGUAAGCUAUGAAGAGAAUAAUUAAUGUUAUGACUGUUGGUUUAUUGCAUUUCUUUUGAAUGGAUUUAUAAAAGGUUCCUUACACAUUUUGUGGGAGCAUUUUCUAUUAAUCAGGCCAGCCUUUCAAUAAAUCCAACACCAUUACAAUACAUUACGUGACGUUUUAUUUAAAAGCAACAAAUACAAAAUAACAAUAUAUAGGGACAUGUUUACAUACAAUACAUACAGGCAAGACUAGUUUUCUAUCAGUCUCUUUUUAAAAGGAGAGGGCCUGGGACACAAUCUGUAACAAUAUUGUCUACUUAAAUCGUCAUGGUUGUAAUCCCGCUGGUCUUGGUUUCAGCCGGAGGUUGUGGCCACCCCUGACUGCUGGAGCAUUUCACCUACGUUGGCAGUAUUGAAGAUGCAUGUGUGGCACAGGGUUAUAGGGUGACUGACAUGGUUUGUGCUGGCUGUAUUGGUAACACCCCUGAGAUAAUAGAGGUAUCCAUACUGAUCCUGUACUCUGAUGUCCUGCUCAAUGCCUGAAGUGUUGUUGGUCUCUGGCAGUGCUGCACUAGUCGUCCAGUGACAGUGGCAAUGAUAUCCUGCUC